UAAUGGUAUAAAUCAGGAUGUUACUUAUAAAAGCACCGCUGAAAGAAAUAUACUUAAUAACGACUGUGUAGAACUGAUAACAGAGAAAUCAGAAAAAAGCACAUGUGUUAAUAUAAUAAAGGAAAAUAAACCAAAACCUCAAGUAGACGACAAUGAAUCUCAUACAGAAUUGUAUAAGAUACCAGAACCAAUCCCGAGAAAAAGUAACCGAUCCAAAAAAAAGAAUUUAGCUGAUUCAGAACUACAAAAGGAUCUUUUGUAUGAAAAUGUACCUCUAAAGGAUGUUAGUGAAUCAAUAAACCAAAGGAAGCUGGAAAGCGAUAAAUCAGAAGACUUGAGUAAUAUGAAAUCUUCUAAAUCAUUUUCUCAUUUUAAAGAAAUUAAUAAUAAAACAAAUUUAGGUUACAAACUUAAUAAAACUAGGGGAGAACCAGAACUAACGGACAUUGGAUUGGGCAGUAAUUUCAAACGCACAAGAGUAAAACCUGCUCGAUUCCGGGAUGCUAAUGUUGAAUCAGAUUCUUCCAUGGAAAAUGAAGGAAAACGGAGAAAAAGAGAAAAUAACGAAUCUAAUAUUUUAGAAGAGAAAAAAAUUUAUGUCAAAUCCUUAGUUGAAGAUUCUAUAAAAUCAGAUUCUCCCACUACAAAGGAAACUUUUGAGUCAAAAAGACAAAAAAGAAAAUUGGUGUCUGAAAGUUUAGAGCUUGCAACUUCAGGAAAAAGAACCAAAAGAAGCACCAUCAAAUCUUCAAGUAGUAAUGACAGCGCUCAAUCAGAUUUAUCCCGAAGCAUUUCUCCAAAACAUUCUGUGUCGAGGAGAACAACGAGGAAAGGAACGUCUGUAUGCAAUGAGCCAAAUUCUUCAGGAGAGACUUCACAAAGUCGUAGGCCUGUUACUACAUCUCAGAAUGAUGAUGUCAGCAUUGAAUCAGAAUCUUCUACGAAUGGAAAACAUGGAAAGAGUAAAUCUAAAGUCCAGAAGAGGAAGGGAACAUUUGGCAGUUCUGAGUAUAUGACUUCAGAAGAUGAAACAAAGAAGACCACAAACACUGAUGACCCUUCCUUUGCAGUUCCGUCAAGAACUAGUUUCCCCAAGAGAACAAAGCAAAGCGAGUCUGCAAAAGAUCAUGGUAGCCCAGAUAAAGCCAGAAGUACUUCAAGGACUCGAAAAACAAGUGACAAGGUUGAAUCUAGAAGGGGUUCUAGAAGUGAGAGUGUUUCAAGCGAAACCUCAACUAGCAUUCGAUCAACGAGUGAGAGCCCUAGGCGAUCAGUUAAAAGAGGCGAACAAGUUUUGUUUACCGGAUUUAGCAACGCAACAUAUGAAGCCAACAUAAAAAAAUUAGGUGGAACUGUGGUUGACUCUCCUGACAACUGCACUGUGCUUGUUACUGACAAAGUGCGUAGAACUGUGAAGUUCCUGUGUGUGCUUGGUCAGGGCAAGCCUAUUGUCGACCCCGAGUGGAUCGAGAAGUCGUGGCGCUGCACAUGCUUUGAAGACCCUAUGAAUCAUCUGCUAUUGGAUGUGGAAGCCCAGUCGAGAUUCAAUUUUGAUCUUCGAUUAACGAUAAAUGAAGCAAAGAAGCAGCCAAUGUUAACUGGCUAUACAGUCUAUGCAACGCCCAGCGUUAAACCUCCCCCAGAUGACAUUAAGAGUAUAGUAGAAAGCUGUGGUGGAGAGUUUUUGCCAAAGGUUCCAUCCAAGUGGCCACACCAGACGAUUGUCAUAUCUCAUCCUGACGACAAACCUCUGUGGAAGAAGCUUAAAGUGAAGGGAUCAACUCCACCAAUUGUGGCAGCGGAAUUUUUGCUCCUGGGUGUUUUACAACACAGAAUAGACAUUCAAACUCACAAAAUAUCUUAACACUCGAAAUUUUACUCUUGAAACCGGUGAAUCACAUUUUAAAACAAUUUUUAGUCAUAACUACUGUCAAUAUAGUUUUUUAUAAAUA